CCGCAACUCCCCCGCCGCCUCAACCACGACCAUUCCGGCUGACCAACCUCCUGCUUUACCACCAAUCAUCCUCGAUCUGGAUCUGGAUCUUUACUGUGUUGACUCCCACUUGUCCCGUUCAGCUGUGAAGCAGCGUUUUUAUUGCAUAUUUUCCCCUAUCGACCCCGGGCGGUUUCUCUCGUCAGUCGUUCCGCCAUGGAUCAGCACGACGACUUCGAUAGCGUCUCGUGGCGACAUGAGCCAGACAGUGAUAUCUCACGGCCUACGACAUCGGGCACUGAUGUUGAAGAAUCACCCGAAUCCCAUCGUGAUGUCAAUGGCAAACGAAGGAUGAGCUCAACCAGUGAACCACCUCAGGCGGGGCCCAACGCCGACGCCGUGGAUCUGGCAGGAAUCGGAGAUGGGAUGUUAGAAUGCAGAGUCGACUCGCCUUUAAAGGAGAACGAUGGCACUAAGGAUGCAUAUAUAUCGUAUUUGGUGACUACACAUACCGAUUUCAAGUCGUUCCACAAAUCCGAUUUUACCGUGCGACGACGGUUCACCGAUUUCUACUUUCUCUAUAAGACGCUAUACAGGGAAUAUCCUGCCUGCGCGGUACCCCCAUUACCGGACAAACAUAAGAUGGAAUAUGUACGGGGGGAUCGGUUUGGACCGGAAUUUACGACUCGGAGAGCAUGGUCUUUGCAUCGAUUCUUGAAACGCCUGACGCUUCAUCCGGUUCUUCGUCGCGCACCACUCCUGGCUGUCUUCCUAGAGUCUCCUGACUGGAACGCGCACAUGCGACUCCGGACAUCUCGGUCCUCAACUGCUGGAUCGGAUAGCGGCGGAGCAACAGGGAUCUUUGACAAUUUUACAGAUACCUUUGUGAAUGCUUUUACCAAGGUUCACAAGCCCGACCGCCGGUUUAUUGAAGUGCGAGAGAAGGCAGACAAGCUAGACGAGGACCUCAACCAUGUGGAGAAGAUUGUGGCCCGGGUUGCUAGACGAGAGUCCGAUCUAGAGACGGACUACAAUGAUCUCGCGACCCAGUUCCGCAAGCUUGUACCUCUAGAGCCAGACGUUGAGGUGCCUUUGCAAGUUUUCGCUGCCUCCGUGGAAGAAACCGCCAGGGGGGUUAAAACGCUCAAAGACCACACUGACCAAAACUACCUCGGCUCACUUCGCGAUAUGGAAGCCUACAUAGUGUCUCUCAAAUCGCUCCUGAAGACUCGCGAGCAAAAACAACUCGACUUCGAAGCUCUCGUCGACUACCGCAACAAAGCGGUGGCGGAGCGAGACACCCUUGCCACAAACCCAUCUUCAUACUACGCCUCCAAUCCGCUUACCUCGUCCCCAGCCUCGUUCAUCAGGUCAAAGAUGGAAGACAUGCGUGGAGUGGACCAUGAACAGUCGCGCCGGGAACGAGUGCGCAAGCUAGAGCUACGCAUUGACGAACUUACCCGCGAGGUUGAGUCGGCUAAAACAACAUCCGAAAUGUUCGAUGAGGAAGUGGUUCGUGAAGUUGCAGACUUCGAGAGAAUCAAAGCGAUUGAGUUCCGGGAUACUCUGGGAGCCCUAGCAGAGAAACAUAUCGAUUUCUACCAAGGAGUACUCAACACAUGGGAACGAUUUGUCGCUGAGAUGGAAGGGGACUUGGACGACAACCUUUGAGGCCUCUCAAACUCCAGGCGAGGCUGGAGGCAGAUAGACCUUACCCCAACUCCCCCCCCCCCCCUUCAAGUCAAGAUGAGGCUGUUGAACGCUGCCUUGGGAUUUUUCUGGCAUUCUUAUCUGCUUGCUAUUUCUUCUAAUGUCCUUGGAGAGCACAAGGAUGGAUGGGCCCAUGAUGUUGAUGUUUACGACGUAUAGUGCUCGCUUCAGUCUUUUAAUCUAGGCAUUCUUUCAU